UUUUUCUUGUCCAACUACUCAAAUUCCAUACUCAAUCUUUCAAUUUUAUUACACUAUUCCGAAGGACAGACGAUUUAACGUCAUAGCUAUUAUUCCCCCAAACAUGUCGGAACGAAAAAAGAGUCUGAUCACUACGAUCAAUAAUCAAAGAAAAUAUUCACAAGUGGCCAAAGCGGCGGUCCUGUCGUCUGCGAUGCUGGCGCGUAAGAACUCAUCAUCGCGUGGAGCACCGGGCUCAGCCGCAGGGUUCGGUGCUCGGGAGAGCAUUGCAGCCAUAUCAGAUAUGCUCAGUUCACAACACAAGAAACCAGUCAGGAGCAGUUACGUGGAAAGUGACCGAGUGGAAUGGGCUCUCAAAAUAGCAUGUACAAUAUCUAUGAUUACUGUCUGCAUUCACACUCCACGAACGAUCGAACUGUUUCAGCCACUGAACUAUAUAAUACUGGCGGCCGACUUUAUAUCAGUAUCAAUUUUUAUGCUGGAUUCAGUGUUACGAAUCCAUUAUGAAGGCAUUUUUCGAUGCGAUUCCUCAUAUUUAUCAAAUCGCUGGUCACAAUUUUCUGUCUUCAUCUCGAUCAUACAUUUACUCUCGUUUCUUCUUCAUUGUUAUCAACUUAUUGACAAUUUUUUUCCAUUUCUACAUCUUAACUACCGUGCCUGGUACGGUGCGAUUCGGUCGAUUCGACCGUUUAUUAUAAUCAGAUUGAUACCGUUAGUAGUCAAAUUCAAGUUACCAAAGAAUAGGAUUGAGCAGUUGUUAAAACGAUCAUCCCAACAAGUGAAGAAUGUUACAUUGUUUUUUGUAUUUUUCAUGACAUUAUAUGCAAUUUUUGGAAUUCAAUUGUUUGGGAGAAUGGACUAUCAUUGUGUUCAGCCAAAAACCGAUCCGAAUAAUGUGACAAUAAUGGAUCUGGCGAUUCCUGAUACAAUGUGUGCUCCAGAAGGAAUUGGAGGUUACGAAUGUCCUGCUCCAAUGGUUUGUAUGCAAUUGAAUUUAAAUGCCAAAGGAGAAGGAUUCUAUGGAAUGUUCAAUGAUUUUGGAGCAAGUGUGUUCACUGUAUAUCUAGCAGCUUCUGAAGAAGGAUGGGUAUAUGUUCUGUAUGAUUGUAUGGACUCACUUCCUUCGUAUUUGGCAUUUCUCUAUUUUUGUACACUGAUAUUCUUCUUGGCUUGGCUUGUCAAAAAUGUUUUCAUUGCUGUAAUCACUGAAACAUUUGCUGAAAUUCGAGUCCAGUUCAGUGAAAUGUGGCAGAAAAAGGAGGUUACGUUGGAUGAAGGAUUUCGGAAGAAAUUAGAAAAAACUGAUGAUGGAUGGAGAUUGAUAAGAUUGGAUGGAGAAGUUGAACCAGAAGGACCAAAGCAGAAAUUACAAUGGAUGCUUCGAAGUAUGUAUUUCCAAUGUUUUGUGAUAAUAUUCGUGGUCAUCAAUGCAAUUGGAAAUGCAAUGUUUGUCUACCGUCAUGAUGAAACAGAUAAACCAAGAAAAUAUAAUUUUUAUCUUUUCGAAGUUGGAUUCACAAUACUUUUCAAUGUUGAAUGUAUCAUCAAGAUUCUUUGCUAUGGAUUUCGAAAUUUUAUUCGAAGAGGAAUAUUCAAAUUCGAGCUGAUUUUAUGUCUAGGAAGCUCGCUGAAUUGUGUGAAAUUUUUCUACGAACGAAAUUAUUUCACAUAUUUUCAAACAUUUCGUCUUUUGAGACUAAUCAAAGCGUCGCCGAUUCUCGAAGACUUUGUGUGGAAGAUUUUCAGUCCUGGGAAGAAAUUAGGAGGUCUCGUGAUUUUCACAAUUGCAUUCAUUUGCUGUUACUCUGCAAUUUCUCUUCAACUUUUCUAUUCGGUGCCGAAUCUUCAUCACUUUCGGACCUUUCCGCAGGCGUUCAUGUCAAUGUUUCAAAUCAUAACACAAGAAGGAUGGACAGAUUUUGUGGUUGAAGUUUUGAGAGCAACUGACGAUAAUUUGGUACCUCUUGUGGCUCUCUAUUUUGUCGCAUACCAUCUUUUUGUCACUUUGAUUGUGCUCUCCCUGUUCGUUGCCGUAAUUCUUGAUAACUUGGAAAUGGACGAAGAGCUCAAAAAAGUGAAGCAACUAAGAGCACGAGAAGCAACUACUUCGAUGAGAUCAACACUUCCAUGGAGACUUCGAGUUUUUGAGAAAUUCCCGACAAGACCACAAAUGGCGGCAAUGAGAAAAGCCGACAGUGACUUUCCAAUGCCAAAAGUUCGAGGAAGCUUCACACAUCAAUUUGCGGUAGAUCAUAGCUUAGAAACCACAGAUGUCAUUGAAUCCGAUUUCGAAUUUCCAAAGCGCAUAAUGAAGUCGGCUGGUAAACGAAAAAUCUCAAAAAGUGGUCUAACAUUCCGUCAAAUUGGCUCAACAUCUCUUCGUUGCAGUUUAAAUAAUCUUCUUGAGAAAUCUCGCUCGAUGACUGGAAAGUUUUUGCAAACCGCUGUGAGAAACAAGCAAUUCAACAUGUAUAGUGAGAAUGGGGACCUCUCAAGACCAUCUGAUUCAGCUCCAAAAAAGAACGCGAAACAGGGAGAAAUCGAUAUUAGAGCAUUGCAGCAGAAGAGACAAUUGGCGGAGAUUACUAGAAACCGAAUUGAAGAGGACAUGAGAGAAAACCAUCCAUUUUUCGAUCGACCUCUUUUUCUUGUUGGCCGAGCUUCUCAACUACGGGAAUUUUGUAAAAAGAUGGUACAUUCCAAAUAUGAUAGUCAGGAUGAUGGGACAAAUGGAGGUGCAAAAACAAAGAAAAGAUUCAAAGAAAUUCGAGCUUUAAUUGGAAUUAUGCCGUAUAUUGAUUGGGCAAUGGCCACUGUUACAAUUGUUUCUUGUAUUUCAAUGUUAUUUGAAAGUCCGUGGCCGACAACUGGAGAGAAUUUAGUGAUGAAUAAUGGAUAUUUGCAGAUCAGUGACUACUUUUUUGUUUUGUCAAUGACAUUUGAAUUAUGCGUGAAAAUCAUUGCAAAUGGUCUGUUUUUCACUCCAAAAGCCGUUGUUCGAGAUGUCGGAGGAGUCAUGAAUUUAUUCAUUUAUUUUACAUCUGUAAUAUUUCUGGCUUGGAUGCCAAAACACGUUGAAAUCAACAGUUUGGCGCAGUUUUUGAUGAUUUGUAGAGCAAUGCGGCCGUUGAGAAUCUACACUCUGGUCCCCCACAUUCGUCGUGUAGUUCUCGAAUUCUUUCGUGGAUUUAAAGAAAUCCUUUUGGUAACCAUAUUGAUGAUAGUCGUCAUGUUUAUUUUUGCAAGUUUUGGAGUUCAAAUUGUUGGAGGAAAGCUGGCUGCAUGUAAUGAUCCGACUGUUUCAUCAAGAGAAAACUGUACUGGUGUCUUCUGGCAGAAGCUCUUCGUAACUCGCCUGGAAGUUUAUGGAAAAGACACAGAAGCAAUGCAUCCAAAAAUAAUGGUGCCAAGAGUUUGGACAAACCCUCGAAAUUUCAACUUUGAUCAUGUCGGAAACGCAAUGUUGGCUCUUUUUGAAACGUUAAGCUUCAAAGGAUGGAAUGUGAUUCGAGAUAUUUUAUGGAGUAGACAUGGACCAUGGGCUGUUGUAUUUAUUCAUAUUUAUGUAUUUAUUGGAUGUAUGAUUGGAUUGACACUUUUCGUUGGCGUCGUCAUUGCGAAUUACACUCAAAAUCGAGGAACAGCUCUUUUAACAGUUGACCAAAGAAGAUGGCAUGAUCUAAAAGCCAGGCUGAAAAUGGCUCAGCCACUUCACGUUCCACCGAAACCAUCUGAAUCGGCACGUCUUCGAACGAAACUUUAUGAUUUAACAAUGAGUAGAUGGUUUAAUCAAGCAUUUGCAUUACUUGUUGUUUUAAAUUCAUUCACUCUAGUAAUUCCAUGGAAUGUUGAAGAAGAAGAACAAAGAGCAACAUAUGUAUUCACUGUAACUGCUUUAGCAGCAUUUAUGAAUAUGUUAUUUGUUAUCGAGAUUAUUUUAAAAGUCAUUGCAUACACUUUCUCUGGAUUUUGGCAAUCACGAAGAAAUCGAGUGGAUUUAUUGAUCACAGUUUUCGGAGUUAUUUGGAUUUUUCUUCACUUUUUUGUGGCUCUUCCGUCAUCGAAAAUCGAUGUUGAUGUUCAAGUGGAGUUGAAGAAAUUCACUUAUACAUUUGGAUAUCUCGUCGUUAUUUUGAGAUUUUUCACUAUUGCAAGCCGAAAUUCGACGCUAAAAAUGUUGAUGUUAACUGUAAUUAUGUCAAUGUUUCGAUCAUUCUUCAUUAUCACUGCUCUCUUUCUUUUGGUCUUAUUCUACGCGUACACUGGAGUCAUUUUGUUUCCAAUGGUUAAAUAUGGAAUGGCAGUUAGCAAACACGUAAACUUCCGAACUGCAUCAGAAGCAUUGGUCGUUUUGUUUCGAUGUUUAACUGGAGAGGAUUGGAAUGAUAUUAUGCAUGAUUGUAUGAGAAGCGCCCCAUUCUGUUAUUGGAAUGAAGGAAUGAAUUAUUGGGAGACUGAUUGUGGAAAUUUCUAUGGAGCAAUCAUCUACUUUUGCUCUUUUUAUCUCAUCAUCACGUAUAUUGUCAGAAAUCUUCUUGUUGCCGUCAUCAUGGAAAACUUCUCAUUAUUCUACUCAUCCGAAGAAGAUGCUCUUCUCAGUUAUGCAGAUAUUCGAAAUUUUCAAUAUGUUUGGAAUAUGGUUGAUCAAGAACAAAAACGAACAAUUCCAGUAGAAAGAGUAAAGUUUCUAUUGAGAUUAUUGAAAGGAAGACUUGAAGUUGACCCGGAAAAAGAUCGGAUUUUGUUCAAGCAUAUGUGCUACGAAAUGGAACGGUUGCAUAAUGGAGAGGAAGUUUCAUUUCACGAUGUUCUCUAUAUGCUAUCCUAUCGAUCAGUUGAUAUUCGAAAAUCUUUGCAACUUGAAGAAUUGUUACAAAGAGAAGAACUCGAGUUUAUAAUUGAAGAAGAAGUCGCAAAACAAACAAUCAGAACAUGGCUGGAAGGAUGUCUUCGUAAAAUGAGAAAUCCAAGUCAAAAAGAUGCAGAAGGAGUACUUCCAUUUGGUGGAGGACAUCCGGUUAUUCAUUCAUCAGGACAUUCUUCAAUUUCACAUGAGGAAACUGUUGCACAAAGACUUCGAUUUGAAAAUAUUCGAGGAGAUAGUGUUGAUACAGAAGAGACGGAGAGUAGUGAAGAAGAAACUCCACCUCCAAUAAGGAAGAAGGCUGCUGUUAAGAAUCGAAGAGGAAGUAUUCCAGAUGUUCUUUCGAGAACUGGUCUCUUUCAAGAAGCUGCUCGAAAGUUCAUGGUUGGUAGCUCGAGUGAGAAAAAACAAGUCAAGUCGCGAUCGCCUGAAACCGUCCAGUUGCUUCCGAAACGAGCUAAUUCUGAAAUCCGAAAGGGUUCCGGACAGCCAAAGAAUUUUCAUCUCCAGCUAAACGUCUAUGAUCUACCUGACGUAGAAGAACGUGGAGAAGAUUCUCCAUUUUCUCCCAAAAACUUGUCUGAUGAUUUUAAUGGAGAGCAUUCACCAUUGGUGAUAACUCCAUCCUUGCCUGUACCACCGACACAUGGAAGCCCUCGACCACUUAUGCCAUGUGAAACGACAAAAGAUAUUGAAAAAUGGUGGAAUUCCCUUGUUGAUUAGUUCAUUUUUUAAUUAUUUACAUUCUCUUGUUGAUCUAUCUUUUUUAAUGUAUUCAGGUUAUAUUGUUACGAGGUAUUCAAAAACGCUUUACGAAUAUUAAUUGUGCUUUCACCGAAUGAACAGAUUUUUAUUGGUUU